GCUCCACUUGUCUCUGCUCCUCUUCCCUCGUCCCCCCACCUUCCCCACCCCCCCAGCGGCGCCUCCGCCGCGCCAUCAAGCGCGAGAAUGUCAUGCAGCUGUUCAGCAUGUUCAGGAUGCGCGGCGUCGACCGCGGGGCCCUCCUCAUCACGGCCACCCUCUCGGGCGUGGGGAAUUUGGUGUGCUCGGCCCUCUUCACGGCCACGCCGCCCUUCCUGACGGAGCUCUACGACUGGGACCUGAAUGCGGUGUCCUACUUCUACGCCGUGCUGGCCAUCCUCUCCUCGCUGACGGUCUUCAUCUUCCGGCUGGCCAAUAUCUUCCCCAACUACCGGAUUGGCAUGCUGCUGGGGCUGGUCAUCAUGGCAGUCGGCUCGAUCGGAGCCAACAGCUUCUCCAAGGAGAUCACCCCCAUCUGGCGGUUCCUGGUGUUCGACCUGUUUUUCGCCAUCGGCUACCCGCUGCUGCAGUCCUUCUCCAUGAUGAUGUUCAUCCAAAUUUCCGGGCCCAUGUACUACUCGCUGUUGAUUCCGAUCAUCCUCGGGGCCACGCUCUUUGCCCGGGCCCUGGGGCACAUGCUGUCGGUGGUCUUCUACGACCUGAAUCCCCUGGGUGAUGCGUUGUUGUAUGCGUGCUUCUUUGCGUCCAUCUUCGCCAUUGCCCUGCUGCUGGUGUUCUGGCCGCGGCUGGUGCCGCACCGCCGGCCGCCGGACUUCGAUCCCUACCAGGAGGCCGUGGAUUUGAGCUCCGAGGCGGAGCGCCUUGACGCCCGGUCGACCGGCCGCGCCGCGGGCUCCCGGCACGAUGGCGGCACCGGCGGCAGCUCCAGCGGGGCCGGCUCCGGCGGCGGCGGUGCCCGUGUUGCCGACGCCUCGGACGCCGACAGCCGGCGCAUGUCCACCAUGUCGCUGGAUUCGGACGUCGGCCGGGCAUGGGCCCGGCACUCGACCACGACCUUCGGGUCGAUGGCCGACCCGGGGUCCGGCUCGUUCACGGCCGCCGGGCUGGGCAAUCCCCGGGCCGGGGGCCGGGCCCGGGGCGUGUCCUUCCUGCUGCAGCACGACUAUUCGACUCUCGAUGAGUUUGGCGAUGUCGGGGACGACUUCACCACCAACCCGUACACCCUGCGACCGGAGCAGCAGCCGCAGCCGCAGCCGCAGCCGCUGCCGCAGCCGCAGCAACAAGAGGCGACAGUGGCAGUGGCCACGGCGGCAGGGGACAUUCCCGGCGGCGGGGCGAGCCGGCCGGUGCCGGCCGCGCGGUCGGCCUCGGAUGCGUCGGCGGCCACGCUCUUCGGCACGUCCCUGGCGCCUGGUGCCCCGGCGGCCGGGCCGCGGGGCUCGAAGCCGGCGGCGGAGCUGUCGCGCCGGAGCGCCGACCUCCUGGCCGAGGCGGCCAGCGACCAGCACAUGGCCCUCUCCUCGUGGAUGAUCGACUACAUGAGCGACAACGAGUGGAGCGACGAUCCGGAUGGCGGCCGGGUGCCACCGGGCGCCGGGCCGGGCGACCUGCUCCAGGACGCCUACUUCCCGGGGGGGCUCUGA